AUGCACUCACCAUAUUCUCCUAAUGUUAACUCGCCGCAAAGUUCGAGCGUGUCGCUUCUUGGCCCUCAAGCUGUGACGCGACGUGAUGGUCCAGGCUUCCAAGCCGCUCACAUGCGAGCACCCCAGCCAGGAGCUGGGGGGGCAAUGCCUCUAGGUAACUCAUACAGCAAUUCGGAUAUGCCCGAAAAAUCGUUCUCUUCCAAGUACUCCUUAGCGCCUGACCCUGCGAGGUGGGGUGCUCGCGUCGACUAUGGCCAUCCAGAAGCCGACGACGAAUUACACAAUCCUGACCCCAAGCGCGACCGUUCGUAUGACUCGGGUGGAUCUUUCUUUACUGCCCGAGGUCUUGUAAACCUUGGGUGCCUGGGGAUACUCUUGAUUGGAUUGAUUGCUCUAUUCGCCGGAUACCCACUAAUCGUGCACCUUACCCAGAAGGAAAUGUCAACCUUGGGCGGGUACAACCUUGGUGGAAUCAAUGCGACUGGACAAGUCCCGGAAAUUCCUGGCAACUAUGGUUUAAUUGACCGGGAUACGCCUCCAGAAGCGUAUACGCACACCUCGUUUGAGGAUGGAUCUGAGUGGGAUCUCGUUUUUAGCGAUGAAUUCAACGUCGACGGCCGAAGUUUCUAUCCUGGAGACGAUCCGUAUUGGGAGGCUCUCGACAUCCAUUAUUGGGGAACCAAUAACUUGGAAUGGUACUCACCCGAUAUGGUGCAUACCCACGGCGGAUACCUAAAUAUUUCACUCGAUAGAACUCCAUGGCGCGGGUUGGAAUACAAGGGUGGUUUGAUGACCUCGUGGAACAAGUUCUGCUUUACUGGGGGUUACUUUGUCGCAAAUGUUUCGCUUCCGGGAAGGAGCGAUGUCUAUGGUCUCUGGCCCGCCGUUUGGGCCAUGGGUAACCUCGGUCGUGCUGGAUAUGGUGCCAGUCUGGAUGGGAUGUGGCCUUACACUUACGAUACAUGUGACGUUGGCACACUGCCCAAUCAAACUCGCCCGGACGGUACACCUAUCAACGCGACAAUCAAUGGCGACCCAGGAAAGGAGGGAGUGCUCUCGUACUUGCCAGGACAACGCCUGAGCGCAUGUACUUGCUCCGGGGAGUCGCAUCCAGGACCCAAGCGACCUGAUGGCACGUUCGUUGGCCGUGCUGCACCGGAAAUCGACGUUAUUGAAGCGCAAGUCAGCGCUGAUACUCGAAUUGGCCACGUCAGUAUGUCUGGACAGUGGGCGCCAUACAAUUACGGUUACGAGUGGUUCAAUACCUCCGAGAAUUUCAUAACACACGAGCCGGGUCUCACAUUGAAUACUUACCACGGAGGAGCCUAUCAGCAAACAACUAGUGUGUUGGUUGACACUGACCAGAGGUGUUAUGUAGAAAGCGGAGGUUGCUUUUCCGUAUAUGGGUUCGAGUAUAAGCGCGGCUAUGAUGGUUAUAUUACCUGGGUCAGCGAGGAUAAACCAGCUUGGACUCUACGCGGAGCCGGAAUGGGAGCCGACGACCGCGUCGAGAUUGGCCCGCGCCCAGUCCCGAUGGAGCCCAUGUACAUGAUCCUCAACUUGGGUAUCUCGCCGAACUUUGGUGCCAUCGACUUUGAGAAUCUUGUAUUCCCUACGACAAUGCUUAUCGACUGGGUUCGGGUAUAUCAGCCGAGGGAUGCGCGCAACAUCGGGUGUGAUCCGCCAGAUUACCCUACCGCGGAGUAUAUCAAUACGUACAUCGAGGCAUACACGAAUGCCAACUUGACUACCUGGGUGGAUGACUAUAAGCAGGUCAUUCCAAAGAACCGACUGGUCGACAACUGCACAUAG